UUGUUUUCCCCGGAGUCGUGUUCCUCGGGUUGCACAAAGCCUGGGAACAGUGAGGGCAUUAGGACCAGGAGCAGGGCGCAUGCCUGCCGCGUCUGGCAGACCUUCUCGGGCCGGCUGAGCGGGGAGCUAUGUGUGAAAGGAAAUUAGGCUGCUGCCGGCUUCACAUCUGUUGAGCUGACCCGACCUGCAGGGUCCAAAAGAGGACGGCUGUCAGCUUUGCCAGACUGAGGACCCACCGGCUACCCCCAGACAUCUCAUAGCAGCCUGACAAUUCGUGCAAGGGGGGGGGAAGCGAAACACGUGGGACUAGACCCCUGAGCAGAAAGGAAUCAGUAUUUUUCCCAAAGAGGAAAAGGGCAUCAAAGGGUGGGGGUGGAGGGAGGCGCAAACAGUUCAGUCUGAAGUCCCUGUGAACGGGCUUUUGGAAGGCAAUUAAAGACGUCCGCUCAGAGAGGACCUGGGCUGGGACUUGGGUCCGUGGCUUUCUGACUGUGAGUGGAAGCCGGUCUUACACACGCUGCUGGCAAAUGUCAGCCGGGGAAAAAAGGAGCAGGUUAAGUGACCGGCACAAAAAACUUCCAGGUGGACCCAGGAAGCCCGGUUCUGCUGCCAGUUCGGAGGAACCCGGGGCAGGAGGACACAGUGAAUUUGAACAUGACCUGUUGCGUCUGGCAAGUUCCAGCCACAUGCUGGUAAGGAAGCGGUGCAGGCGUGGACCCUGCAGACCGCAAUUCCUGCUGCUCCUCCUGCUGCUGGGAUGCGCGCUGCUGAUGCUGGCCGCGCUGCGCCCUCCCGCGCCGGCCCUGCCCCAGGCUGCCCCAGCUCGGGUCGCCGAGCACAGCCCCGAGGCCGGGUACCGCCUGGACUUCGGGGAAUCCCAGGAGUGGGCGCUGGAGUCCAAGGACGAGGACCAAGAGUACGGCCCCCUGGAGGACCUGCCGCCCUUCAUCUCGCUGCGGGAGGAUCAGCUCCUGGUGGCUGUGGCCUCUCCCAGGGCGAGAGGGAACCAGAGCCAGGGCAGGAGAGGUGGCAGCUACCAGCUCAUCAAGCGGCUGAGCAGGAGGCCGGACGAGGACGCCCCAGAGCGGGACUGGGCGGCCGAGGAGGAGGAUGCGGCGGAGGCAUCUGAAGAAGAGGCGCUGACCUCGCUCAGCCUGGAGGAGGCGCUCAGUGCGCGCAUCCCCCUGCAGAGGGCGCUGCCGGAGGUACGGCAUCCGCUGUGUCUGCAGCAGCAUCCUGGAGACAGCCUGCCCACAGCCAGCGUCAUCCUCUGUUUCCACGACGAGGCCUGGUCCACCCUCCUGAGAACCGUGCAUAGCAUCCUGGACACAGCGCCCAGGGCCUACCUGAAGGAGAUCAUCCUGGUGGACGACCUCAGCCAGCAAGGACAGCUCAAGUCGGCUCUCAGCGAGUAUGUGGCCCGGCUGGAGGGGGUGAAGUUGCUCAGGAGCAACAGGAGGCUGGGCGCCGCCAGGGCCCGGAUGCUGGGGGCCGCCAGGGCCACCGGGGACGUGCUGGUCUUCAUGGACGCCCACUGCGAGUGCCACCCGGGCUGGCUGGAGCCCCUCCUGGCCAGAAUAGCUGGUGACAGGAGCAGGGUGGUGUCUCCAGUCCUAGACGCGAUUGACUGGAAGACUUUCCAGUAUUACCCCUCCAAGGACCUGCAGCGCGGGGUAUUGGACUGGAAACUGGAUUUCCACUGGGAGCCUUUGCCGGAGCGAGAGAGGAAGGCCCUGCUGUCCCCCAUCAGCCCCAUCAGGAGCCCUGUGGUGCCCGGCGGGGUCGUGGCCAUGGACAGACAUUACUUCCAAAACACUGGAGCUUAUGACCCUCUCAUGUCACUGAGGGGUGGCGAAAACCUCGAACUGUCUCUCAAGGUACUUCCUUGGCCAAGGGAGGCCCAGACCUGGCUCUGUGGGGGCUCCGUCGAAAUCCUUCCCUGCUCUCGGGUGGGGCAUGUCUAUCGAAAUCAGGAUGCCCACUCCUCUCUUGACUGGGAGGCCACCCUGCGGAACAAGGUCCGCAUUGCUGAGACCUGGCUGGGCGCGUUCAAAGAAACCUUCUACAGGCACAGCCCAGAGGCCUUCUCCUUGAGCAAGGCUGGGAAGCCGGACUGCACUGAACGCCAGCAGCUGCAAAGGAGGCUGGGCUGUCGGACCUUCCACUGGUUUCUGGCCAACAUCUAUCCCGAGCUGUACCCAUCUGAACGCAGGCCCAGGUUCUCUGGAAAGCUCCACAACACCGGACUUGGCUUCUGUGCAGACUGCCAGGCAGAAGGGGACAUCCUGGGCUGUGCCAUGAUGCUAGCUCCUUGCAGUGACAGCCAGCAGCAGCAGCACCUGGAUCACAUGGGCAGGAAGGAGAUCCACUAUGGCAGCCCCCAGCACCUGUGUUUCGAUGUCAGGCGAGAGCAGGUGAUUCUGCAGAACUGCACCAGGGAAGGCCCUGACAUCCAUCAGCAGCACUGGGACUACCAGGAGAAUGGAAUGAUUGUUCACAUUCUUUCUGGGAAAUGCAUAGAAGCUGUGUUGCAGGAAAACAAUAAAGAUUUGUAUUUACGUGAGUGUGAUGGAAAAGCCAGCCAGCUGUGGCGAUUUGACAACGUCAGCACCGUGGAUGAACAAUGAAUGCCACCAUCAGAAGGAAAAGAGAAAUGUGGCCAUAGAGGUUCAACUCAAGGGAACGACAGGAGCAUGUGCAUAUCAUGAAGGAGACCCUUUGUGUUUGUGCAGUGGUGAUAGUAGAAACAAAAACUCCACAAAUGAAUAUGGGAAGUCUUUCCUUCCCGUACCUUACUUCAUUGACCACUGGCUGUUUUAGAAAAAGAAAAACAUGGACCCAUUGUCUCAAUGUCUUCAUCACUGGUAGAUGAUCAUUACAUGGUACAUAAGAUUCUUGGGGUUUUUAAAAAUAAUUUUAAAGCAGUAAAUAAUUGCUUUUAUCUCUGACUAAGGAAAGAGGCCUGGCAACACCUUCAGGAUACACAAUUCUGAUUGAUCAAUUUAUUUCAAAUGGCCUAAUCUUGGAUUGUCUGUGUCACCAGCCAUGAAAAUUAAAGCGUGAAGAAAGUGCAAAGUCCUGACAUCCAAAAAACGUUGCAAUAGGCUUAUGAGAACAAAUUUCAUGUUCAUUGAUUGAGGCAUAGCUCAGAGGAAGGAAAGGAAGUAAGCUACUGCGAGAAAAUAGGGUUGGAGAGAGCUUUGACCCAAUUCUUCAGCUCAGACUAGUAGCUGAAAAGAGUCAGUAGACCUGGAAUAAGAUGUUCUCCUGUUAAUGAGAAUUUCCUCAGAACUUUCUGUCUCCAUUCACCUUGCCCUUGCCGUUCUCUAUCUAGAUUAACCACAAUCAGAUUCUCAUGCAAUAUUCUUUUCUUUAAUCAUUGGUGUUGGGUCAGCUUAGAUUGAACACUCCCACUAACAGAAGUGUGUACAGUUGAGAAACUCUCCUGAUGCCCUGUUACAGGGUUUACACUGAUUGGAUCAGAAUGAGCAACAUUUGCAAAGAGGCAAACCUCCCUGGGAGGGAAAUGCCAGCGUCUGAGCCAAAAUUCUUAUGAGAGGAACGAGAGGUGGGUGUUAAUGUCCAUGAGGGUUGAAAGGGCUGUCUAUGAGCCAGUAGGAAAUGUCUGGAACCCUCAAAUAUGCCCACACCUGAACAUUCAGUCAUAGAAGAACACAUCUCCAUCAGGGCAGAGACAAUGCUAGCAAAAGCUGAAUGGCUCUCUUGUUGUGACUUGGCCCACCCAGUUGGGCUG